CUCUAUUACAUUCUAUAAGUAUCGGGUAUUUUUGUCCCUGCACGGACGCCGUAUUCCCGCCGCCAUCUUUGAUUAGGGCACAGCAGUAUCCUGGCAGAGUUUGUUGCCCUUAUCCAUUUCCUUCCCGCCGAUCUCAGAUUGCUGUGUGGACUGAUCCCCAUAGCGGGCAGCCCGAAUAUUAUAGACAGAGACUAAGUGUCGUAUAAUGUGAAGCUUAUCCCCUGAGGCCAUCCUCUGCCUGCCCCGCCAUGUUUUGCUGAGUAAUGGAAUGUACCUGCUGCGCUGAUAUCUUUCUCUGCUGAUCAUUGCAGGUCUCGUGUCUGGACGCCAUGACAUGAUGUCUGACAAACUUGUUGUCAAGUGUGGGAACUUCGCUGUUCUGGUGGAUCUUCAUGUUUUGCCUCAAGGCACCAGUAAAGACUCCAGCUGGUUUUCUGACCAUGAGAAGGAGGAAGUUUGUCUGUUACUAAAAGACACAAUCGAUACCAGAGUGAAGCAGCAUAUUGAAAGCCGAAGACAGCAAGGCCAAGUAAAACACAAGGAGUAUACGCAGGCCAGUCCACUGUUUCUUAAAGGAACACGGUUGCGGAUUGCAGCUUAUUUCAUCAAGAGAUGGGUUAACCUUCGCUGUGUUGUACAACGUCAGUUUAGAGAGCUGUAUGUGUUUCCAGACAGAUUUGUGGUCUGCGUAAGUCAACUCGAAGCUCUUUCCAACACGUGGGCAGCCGAGGCCGUCAAAUCUUUCAGUAUGAAAGAGUCCUCCAGUGGAACGUCUGAAUAUUUUGCCGAACACAGGGAAUGUGAAAUAAACAACAUAUUGUCCGCCACGCUGACAAAGCAAGCUGUGCUGAAAAACAUAGUAAAGAAGACAAAAGCAGCGACCGAUUCCAGCCCAGAAUCCGGUAGGGACUGCAAAGCAUGCCCUCGCCUUGGGCUAGGGGAUUCCGACAAAGGAAGCAAGAUUAAUACACAAUCCGAACCACAGUGUAGGAGUGCAGAUCAAGCAAAAGAUUGCGUAAAUAUCAGUCAGAACAACUUGGAGCUUCCUGAUGGCGAAGUGGAAAAUGAUUUUAAUAGCAGACAGCCCUGCAGGACUAGCAGCCAGCACAAACCCCAAUCUGCAGCGUGGUUACAGACACAAGACCCGACCAAGGCUCUUUCCUGGAUCUGUGAGUCAGCGCUGCCAGAACAAAAACAAACUUUACGAACAAGUAUUAUGCAACAGAAGAGGAGACGAUGCAGUUCGGAAGGGAAAUCUACAGUCAGCUGCAAAAAAGCAGACUUAAGAGAUGAUACGUUCAGAAGGUUAACUGAAGAUCCUGUAGACCCCUCAGUUUUGAGGGACAUUAAGAAGUUGCCUGUAGGUGAUGCAACAGAAUCUAUGAAACCAAAAAUAGUCACAGAUGAACAUGACAAAAUGCUUCCAAUGGCAUCCUAUAGCACAUGUGAAGAGAAAAAUCCUCAAGAGAGCAAAAAGCCCACAGGUGGCCCACCUAGAAAAUUAAAACUUCAGAGACCAAAAAAGGGGCCUUCAGAUUUACCUUCCUGAAUUGAAUUCCUAAGGGGUUCUCUAUUUUAAAUAGGUAUUUUAGAGGGGAAAAUGUUUAUUUUUUUAAUCAAUCAGGACCAAAAGGUUAUACAGAUUUGUAAAUUGCCUCAAGAUAAUAAAUUCAGACCUUCUAUUACUUAUCAGCUGCUGUAUGUCUCAGGGGAAGUUGUGUAGUUCUUUCCAAUCUGACACAGUGCUCCCUGCUGCCAUCUCUGUCCAUGUCAGGAACUGUUCAGAGUAGGAGCAAAUCUCUCUUGCUUUUGAUAGUUCCUGACAUGGACACAGCGGUGGCAGCAAGAUUGAAAAGAACUACACCACUUCCUCUGGAGCAUAAAGCAGCUGAUAAGGGCAGGAGCAAAUCCCCAUAGUCAACCUGUCAUGCUCUGGACAAUUACUGACAUGGACAGAGGUGUCAGCAGAGAGCACUGUGGUCAGACUGGAAAGAACUACACAACUUCCUCUGUAGCAUACAGCAGCUGAUAAGUACUGGGAGAGAUUCCUAAAUAGAAGUAAUUUACAAAUCUGUAUAACUUUCUGGCACCAGUUGAUUUGAAAACAUUUUUUUUUCUGGAGUACACCUUUAAGAAACUAGAGCCCAGAUGCUCCAUCUAUGUAAAUGAUAUCUUUGCAUGUAGACACCUGUGUUAUAUAACUGGAGUUCCUGCACACAAACAGGCCAGCUCUUAAACACUACUUUUUCUCGCAAAAGGUGUUGAAUACUGUGUAUAAGAAAGUUUCACCAAUUUUGCCUUUUGACCAUGAAGUUUGUUCCAUUAGUGGCAACUACUGAUAUUGAUGAGCAUUUUACUAUAAGGUUCUUUAGUUGUCCUUACCUGACAGAUUUGACUCCCUUGAAGGUGUAUUCCAGUAUAGUAAAAAAAAAAAAAGAAUAUAUAAACACAAGAAGAUAA